AUGUGCGGUAUUGUGAUUGCGUCAGCUCGAUCGCGUCAGACUGAUCGCGGCUGGCCUUGCGCGGAUAAGCGGCGUGCGAAUCACCCCCGUGCGGACACCCGCGCGCGGAAGAUCAGCGCCAUCCGCGGAGGGGGCGCGCAAGCGCGGGGGGCUGCUGGUGGUGCGCGCCGUGGGGGAUCACCAGCUAGCGCCGCUGCCGUACCAGCUGGUACGCGCUCCACCCCGCUUAAACCCUUAACCCGCGCGCUUGCAGAGCGGGUGCUUGUGGUAGAUGCGCCGCCCCUGAUGCUUGCCGCUGCCCUGGGUUUCGGGUUUAAGGGGAUGGCGCAUGGCAACGCCUUAAACCUCAAACCUCGCUCACCCCCGUCAUCUUUUAUCAUCUCUACUCUUCCCCCGGGAACCCCUCCCCCUUCCCCAACCCAACCCCCUCCUCCCAACCCGUUAAACCCCUCGCUGGAAGCCCAUUGGUCGGGGCACCACGGGCGCCAGCUGGCGGCGCUGAACCGCCAGCUGGACGCUGACCUGGCGCUGAAGCGGCUGCCGCUGGAGGAGCUGGUGAAGGUGGCUUAUAACGGGGGCAACCCUCUUCCCUGCUUCAACCUCGCUGCUGAGGUGGGAGAAGUGGGGGGGAGGGGGCGUAGUGUAGAUGUGCUUGUAACGAGGAUAAAGAUGGUGAAGGUGGUCGACCCCAUUCUCUGCUUCAACCUCGCUGCGAGGUGCAUGCAAUCACGAGUUCUUCUUUUCGGGAUUCCAGCCGGAAACCGAGGCAGCCGGAGCAGGGAGGUGGGGAACCGGCCAGAGGAAGAGGCGUGGAAUCACGAGUUCUUCUUCUCGGGCUUGCAGCCGGCAGACGAGGCAGAAGGCAGGGAGGGGGGCAACCGGCCAGAGGGGGAGGUGCUGCGGCUGGUGGAGCGGGACUUCGGGUCGGUGGAGGGGUUUCAGAGGGAGUUCAGACAGGCGUGUGCCUUGUCGUUUGGCUCGGGAUACGUGUGGCUCUCAGCCAAGGUGGACACGGUUGUGCCAGAGGAGUGGCUUGCAGACAUGCGAGUGCCCAACACAUACCGCCUGCAGGUGGCUCACCUGCGAGUGGAGAGGACAGUCAACGCCUUCAACCCCCUCGUCUUCGACCGCAUUCCCUUGACCGUGCUCGACUUGUGGGAGCAUUCCUACCUCUCAGACUAUCCCGAUAACAGGUCAGCUUAUGUGGAGGCGUUCUUGCAGCAGCUGAUGUCAUGGGAUGCAGUGGCGGCACGAGUGGACCGGGCCAAGUCCCUCACCAACUUCUGGGAAAUGCCUGCUCCUCCUGACGCCUUCAUCCGCCCAGGAUUCGUUCUCCUUCAAAUCUGUGCGUCCAUCUCAGCGCUUCUCCUCCAAUCGCCAGGCACAGCGGCUGACCUGGAGGCCAGGCUGGCAGCUGCCACGUCAGCAGCGGAAGGCGGAGGGGGAGGAGGAGGGGAAGGGGGCGCGGGGAACGUGUGGGGGAUGAUGGGGGGAGUGGUGGAGCUACUGGGGGCGGUGGGGGACGAGUGCACGGACGAGCAGCGGUGGUCCGUGGGGGUGGUGACUCUGCAACGCAAGCACGUGUUCGCCAUGGAGGUGGGUGAGUGGGGAGAGAAGUGGGGGGGUUGGAGGGGGAGGGGGAAGUGUGCGUGGGAUGAUACAGGGAACGUGGGUGUGGUGGUGACUCAGCAGCGCAAGCACGUGUUCGCCAUGGAGGUGAGUGAGUGGGGAGAGAAGGGAUAUCUGGGCGUCUCAUGCGCGCUUUCAUCUCUCGCCCCUUCCUCCCUUUCCUCUGCCUUCCUCUCCUCUUUUUUCGCCCUCCCUUUCUUUUCCAUCUCCCAAUGCACUUGUGCUUUUGUGAAGGUUCGGAUUGGUUUCUUGACGGACCUGUUAGCAGCUGACACGUGGCAGUCACACGUGCUGCCAUUGGUGGAGCUGGCCGUUGACUCCCUCCAGGAGCCAAGUCUGUGCGAGGUGGCAGCAGAGGUGGUGGGCGAGAUGGCCAGUCGGCACGAGCCCCUACUCCCAACCAUCACCCCGCACCUCCUCUCCUCCUUCUCCCAAGCCGCCGCCACCCACCCCGACGCCUUCCCUCCUCUCGCCUCGUCGCCCUCCAACGCUACUGCUGCUGCUGCUCUGCCUGCGCCACCACUCUCCAGUGCCGCUGGCACAAGCAGCAUGGAUGAGGAGGAGCGGGAAAGGCUGGUGGCUGCUUUUGCGUCGGCCAUAGCAGAUGUUGGCCUGGCGGGCCCUGCACACGUGCUGCUCUCGCCUCACCUGCGUGACCCCUUCGCCACCGCAGCCUUAAGUCAUCGUCUCACCAUCUCUGCCUGUACUGGCUCACCAUCUCUGCCUGUACUGGCUCACCAUCUCUGCCUGUACUGGCUCACCAUCUCUGCCUGUACUGGCUCACCAUCUCUGCCUGUACUGGCUCACCAUCUCUGCCUGUACUGGCUCACCAUCUCUGCCUGUACUGGCUCACCAUCUCUGCCUGUACUGGCUCACCAUCUCUGCCUGUACUGGCUCACCAUCUCUGCCUGUACUGGCUCACCAUCUCUGCCUGUACUGGCUCACCAUCUCUGCCUGUACUGGCUCACCAUCUCUGCCUGUACUGGCUCACCAUCUCUGCCUGUACUGGCUCACCAUCUCUGCCUGUACUGGCUCACCAUCUCUGCCUGUACUGGCUCACCAUCUCUGCCUGUACUGGCUCACCAUCUCUGGCUGUACUGGCUCACCAUCUCUGCCUGUACUGGCUCACCAUCUCUGCCUGUACUGGCUCACCAUCUCUGGCUGUACUGGCUCACCAUCUCUGCCUGUACUGGCUCACCAUCUCUGCCUGUACUGGCUCACCAUCUCUGCCUGUACUGGCUCACCAUCUCUGCCUGUACUGGCUCACCAUCUCUGCCUGUACUGGCUCACCAUCUCUGCCUGUACUGGCUCACCAUCUCUGACGGCUCGCCUCCUGUCCUGACCAUCUUCUUUCUCUCGACUUGUAACUCUCCUCCUUGCAUCAACCUCACCUCACCUCAUCCACUCCCCUCCUCCUCCCCACUUCCUCCAUCCCUGUCAUUCCCAGGCCUGAGUGAGUUCGUGUCCUCGCGUCUCAACCCAUCAUCGCCCUCAUCACCGGCUCUAUCAGCCCAGGACGCAGCAGCAGCACACGCCAUUCUCCUCGCCGCCCUGCCUCUCUGCCUCUCGCAUGCCAAGGUGGUGACAGCAGCAGAGGACUACCGGGAGCAGCUGGAGGAGACGUUGGUGGACGUGAUGAGAGCAGUGGGGGCGGCGAACUACCUCUCAUGUGCGGCACCGGUCCUGCUAGCCUCUCCCACCCCCCAACCGCACCAACUGCUUGCCGACGUUUCAGCACUGGAGCUGCAGCUGUUCGCCUCUCAGGCCGUGGCGGAUUCUGAUAGGCCAGUGGACGCGGCAUGGGCAUGUCAGGUUCUAACAGCAGUGGCUGCCGUUGCUGCUGCUGCUGCUACAGCUCCCCAGCCUUCCAUUGCUCCCCGGUUACAACCGUGGGCGCCUCAAAAAUCUCCUCAUCAUCCUCCGUCUCAACAGGUGCAUCGAGCAGUGGCAGCCAAUGUGUUGGUGUAUCUCUCCUUCCUCCCUCGCGUGCCGGCCAUCGUCCCUGCCUUGCUGCAAUCCCUCUCGCAGGGGCUGCUGCCUCCCACAUCGCAGCAAGCAGGCCCCGCUGGAGCCACGCCCACACCUGCAAGGGGCGGCAGGAGGAUCGGCAGAGGUAGUAGCAGAGCGAGCGAGCAGGCCACGUCGGCGUGUGCUGCUGCGCUCUGCGCUCUGUGUGAGGCACACAAUUCCGAGGAACCACCGCCUGCUGCUGCUGCAUCAGCGUCGGAGAACGAAGGCUUGGCGGCACAGCUGGUGGCUGUGGGCGAGGUAAGGGGUCUUUUGAGGCGCCUCACAAAGAGCUCUGCACUGUGUUCGGUACCUUUUGAGGCGCCUCAAAAUGCACCUCAGCUGCUGGCUGUGGGCGAGACCCUACACCUGGCGCGCCUACAGCCGAAGCAGGAGGCUGACAUCAUCACAGCAGUAGCCUCCUCCAUCUCCUCCCUGCCACCCUCCCACCUGCUGCUCGCGCUGCAGCGAUUGCUGCACCCCGUGCUUGCAGCUUUGCACGCAUUCUCGGUUCAGAGGCAGGAGGACCCUCACCUGCCACAAUACCUUCAGCAGCUGGCCCCCUCGCUACAGUCACACCAAAUGCAAUCACCGGAUCAGCCACUUCUACAACCAGCGGAGACACGUGGGGGAAUCCAGUCGUUCCUUCUGUCUGCCUGCUGGCCGCAUUUGCAAUUCCUCCUUUCCCUCCCCUCCUCCUCCUCUUCUUCCCCCACUCUCGACCGUGAUGCCCUGACCUCUGCGGUGGCUGCUGCAGCCCGCUGCCUUGCUCCACUCGCCACGCUCUCAGGUCCAUCCUUCCUCCCCUGCACCGAAUCCGCCCUCUCCUCCCUUCAAUCCGCCUUCUCUGCAUCUGGCCCACCACCCGCCCCCCUCUCCCUCUCUCUCUGCCCGCCCAUCCUCCGAACUACCGAAACACUCCUCUCCCUGCAACCACUCACUACUGCCGAUCAGCUCCAGUUCAGCACAGCCCGCGCCACGUCAGCGCUGAUGUUCUUCGUGUCAGCACCUGCCAGCAUGGCACUCAAGGCCCCCAAGGGUGCGGAGCAGCAACCAGAGCUCGCGGAAGCGCUGUUGCACUUAGCAACGUUUCUCCUCAACCUCGUGCCGCCUGCUCACAUGGCUUCAGACCCCUCAUCGCCCGUGCUCCUACCGCUCUCCAAUCUCCUGCAAGUGGCAGCACGGGGAUGCACAGCAGCACACAGAGGGGUCUCCGCCUCCUCCUUCGCCUUCAUCUCAGCCUUGAUGACAGCAGGGACACAGCAAGCGGGGCUUCUCUCGUUACAGUCACAUUCACAGCAGUCGGUGCCUCCCCUGGUGCAGCUGUGCACGGCACAGGGCGCUCUGCUCUCCCACACACUCAUCGCCGCCCUGCUGGGUCCCAGCGCUGUUUCACGGGGUCAGCUGACGCUGAAGCUCACCUCCUUCCUCUCUCCUCCUCCCCUCCCUUGCUCCCCACCAGGUGCACAAGUGUGUGGGUCUGCUGCAGCAACUCUUCCACGUGUGCUGCUGUGCAACUCGCGCUGGCAGUUCCCCUCACGCACAGGAAAGCACGCCCGGCUCUCCUCCCUGCCGCCCGGCUUUUUGAGAGCAGGAGAAGCGGAGGCAGUCCUCCCUGCGUGGCUCGCGCAGCUUGCCUCUUCUCCUCCGCCUCUCGCCGCUUUGUCAUCUGAGGCUGAGUGGGGCAACACCCGCAUGCUGAGACGGCUGCUGCGGAGCUUUGCGGAUUCGCACAGGCACACAGCUGUCGGCGCAUAA